CACACUCUGUUCUCCAUCUGUCACUCCCGUGUGCACUUCUGUGUGUGCAGCACAUUUGCGUCAGACGCUUGCCGGCGAGCUCUGAAGUAUGGCUGAGAGAAGUUCUGGUUUGCCCAGCUCAGUCGGUCCAUGUGUCGCCGUUUUCCAUGAUAAAUUCCGCCCCCUCCCUCCUAUCACUCUAUCCAGCUCCUCUCUGACAUGCAACAAAGAACUACCUUCUCAUGCUGUGACUUUAAGAGUAGACACUUGUUCCUUUCUGUCUUGCCGGUGUUUUCAUUAAAGUCUGCCCGCCGUGUGCCUCAUUUCCUCCCCCCUCUCCAUCUCUUUCUCUCUUUCUUUCAACCGCUCCCGCUCAGUCAGACCCUCCAUCAAAGUCCCGGAGGCCUUCACUGCCGCGAUCUCAGCAUGACCAAAGUGCCAUUUCAAAGGCUUUUCAUAUGACACAUGCCAGCCGGUCCUUCCAGGAUGGCGUCCAUGUUGCCGUUUCGUGCUCACUAACCUGUAAUCUGCUUCUCGAGCUGCACUUUUUAAUGACAGCCUCUUAGCAUCUGCCGCAGCACUAUUUUCCAGGCUGUCUCUAUGUCUGUUCUCCUACUCUACUGGUCCGUCACCUGUGCCCCCCUCUCUUCGUCUCUCUCUCUCUCCCUCUCUCCCUCCCUUUCUCUCUCUCCCUCCCCUUCUCUCCCUCGCUCUCUCUCUCUCUCUCUCUUUCUUGCGCUCUCUCACUCUUCCUCUGACACACACGCACAAGCACUGAAAUAGAAUGGACUAAAACCCUCGCUGAUUUUUUUUUUACCUUUUUAAAGGAUUUUUUUUCUUUUCUCCCCUCAUACUUUCUCUCUGUCACCCCUUUUUCAUCCCUUCAUCUCUAUACAGCCAUUUCUUUCCUUCAUUGACUUUAUCCGGUUCAUCCGUUGAUUUGUUUUGUUUUAUUUAUUUUAUUUUUUUUUUUUACAUUCGAUAAUCAUAAAUAGGCAUUGUGGUCUCCGCCUCCAUGAAACUCCAUUCAUUUCACAGUUUCAUUUGGGUUCAUUUAAAGGGGGGGAUGCUUUUGUGUUUGAGUAAGUGUUUUUAAAAAAUCAUUUUUAGCAAUACGAGGAUAGGAGGGUGGGGGUUUUGCAGAAAAUUUUAACUGGAUUACCAGCCGACCAAAAACUUAUACCAGAAUUAGUGUGUGUGUGAGGCAGAAUUUUGGACAUAGCUGGAUAAGUGCAGAAAUUUAUUCUGCCACCUCAUAGUUUCUAUGCUGAUGUUUUGCCUCUUCUGCUAAGAAUAAAUGUUCCACCUCAGCUGUGUUUGAAGUUCGCCGGAGAGGUUUUAUAGAGCUUGGUUUAAUAACUGUGAUUAAAUGAAUUUUGGAUUGUCUUUUUUUUAUUUGUAUGUUUAAUUUUUUGAGGAGUAUAUGUAUGACUGGGAACGAAUUCCUGUUUGAAACAGUCAUAUUCUUUUCAAUUCUGGACUGUAUUUUUCUCUACUGGACUAAAAACUGAUUUUAAUACUUUUUUCUACUAUUAAUUUUGAAUGGAAUUUUCCCAUCCAGGAAUAAGGACCACAUUUUCAGUUUUUAGCAUUAGUAUUGAUACAAAUAUGAUGUAAUACUUUUCUCUCUUGAGACAUCUGAAAUGCAAGCAGUGCAUGGAAGGGGUUAAUUAGACUGCCGCAGUGAAGCACCAAGCCGAACAACACGACAGUUUCGGCGGCGAUGAAAUAAAGCAGUGAAGACGGACGCAGGACAGCAGAAGAAAGAGAAAACAGCAAGUCUGUUCCACCCGCUUCUUUGGACAUUCCGGAAACUUCCCCCAUACGUUUCCUUCAGCUGCUCUGUUAUCAGUUCACCCUCCCUCUGUCUGGGGCUAUGAGAGGGAGAGCGGAGUUCCUGGUCACUCCAUCAUGCCAGUUCUGAGAAGCAGGGAUGAGAUCCGGGCUGGCAGUUCACAAGGCCAGACUCUGCUGCUAAGGGGGUCCGUUCCAGUUGCCAGGAAGCUCACGGGCGUGUGAAACGGAUCUGGCCACGGUCGCCACAUCCCGCCCCCCCAGGCAGGGAUUACGUCUCCACUCCUCCGUCAUGCCUGUGUGCCACGGUCGUACGUCCUCCGCCUCCCAGGACCGCCGUGUCUUUCCCAGGGGCUCCCUGCAUCUCUCCCCACAUUUCUUCCUCCUCUUCUUGUACGUCCUGUCACUGGCCACCCCAGGCAUGUGUCGGCGGGACAAGGGCGGACCCGGCGGACAGGAGAGGGGCGGACCGCACUACAUCCCUGUGGCACCGCCCCCCCCGCCGCCCAACAAGCUAACGCAGGGCCUGAGUAUUGCUGUGGUGCUAGUGGGCAACUCCAGCGAACUGGCGCUGGCUGAGGGCCGCGAAAAGGACGAUUUCCAGCACAUGCCACUGCCACCCAACGUGGAGCUGGUCACCAUGAAUGAGACGGACCCCAAGAGCAUCAUCACGCGCAUCUGCGAUCUGAUGACCAAGCACUGGCUGCAGGGUGUGGUUUUCGGUGAUGAUACCGACCAGGAGGCCAUCGCCCAGAUCCUGGACUUCAUCUCUGCCCAGACGCACAUCCCCAUCCUGGGCAUCCGUGGCGGCUCAUCCAUGAUCAUGGCGGCCAAGGAUGACAACUCCAUGUUCUUCCAGUUCGGUCCGUCCAUCGAGCAGCAGGCGUCAGUCAUGUUGAACAUCAUGGAGGAGUACGACUGGUACAUUUUUUCAAUCGUCACCACCUACUAUCCUGGCAAUAAAGACUUUGUGAACAAGAUCCGCAGCACCAUCGAGAACAGCUUCGUGGGCUGGGAGCUGGAGGAGGUGCUGCUGCUGGACAUGUCGGUGGACGACGGUGACUCCAAGAUCCAGAACCAGCUGAAGAAGCUGCAGAGCCCCGUCAUCCUGCUCUACUGCACCAAGGAGGAGGCAACCACGAUCUUUGGGGUUGCCCACUCCGUGGGCCUCACGGGAUAUGGCUACACCUGGAUUGUGCCAUCGCUGGUAGCCGGGGAUGCCGACAACGUGCCUGCGGAGUUCCCCACGGGUCUGAUCUCUGUGUCAUACGAUGAGUGGGACUACACCCUGGAGGCCCGGGUUCGUGAUGGGGUAGCUGUUAUCGCCAUGGCGACCUCCACCAUGAUGCUCGACAGGGGGCCACACACCCUUCUGAAGUCUGAGUGCCAUGGAGCCCCGGACAAGAAGGGAACUGGCAAUCCUAACGAAGUGCUCAGGUACCUCAUGAACGUGACGUUCGAGGGCCGUAACCUGUCCUUCAGCGAGGAUGGUUACCAGAUGCACCCCAAGCUGGUUAUCAUCCUGUUGGACAAGGAGAGGCAGUGGACCAGAGUUGGGAAGUGGGAGAAUGGAUCGCUGAGCAUGAAGUACCACGUGUGGCCUCGCUUUGAACUGUACUCGGAUGCCGAGGAGCGCGAGGAUGAUCACCUGUCCAUUGUCACACUGGAGGAAGCGCCCUUCGUCAUCGUGGAGGACGUGGACCCGCUGAGUGGCACCUGCAUGAGGAACACAGUGCCCUGCAGGAAACAGCUCAAAUUCCACAACCAGACCAAAGAAUCCGGCAUCUACAUCAAGCGUUGCUGUAAGGGCUUCUGCAUCGACAUCCUCAAGAAGAUCGCCAAGUCAGUCAAGUUCACCUACGACCUCUACCUGGUGACCAACGGCAAACAUGGCAAGAAGAUUAAUGGCACGUGGAACGGCAUGGUCGGGGAGGUGGUGGUGAAGAACGCUCACAUGGCGGUGGGCUCCCUCACCAUCAACGAGGAGAGGUCAGAGGUCAUCGACUUCUCCGUGCCGUUCAUAGAGACCGGCAUCAGCGUCAUGGUCUCCCGCAGCAAUGGGACGGUCUCCCCCUCUGCCUUCUUGGAGCCCUUCAGUGCAGAUGUGUGGGUGAUGAUGUUUGUGAUGCUGCUGCUGGUGUCGGCGGUCGCUGUCUUCGUGUUCGAGUAUUUCAGCCCGGUCGGGUACAACCGCUGUCUGGCAGAUGGCAGAGAGCCGGGCGGUCCAUCAUUCACCAUCGGCAAGGCCAUCUGGCUGCUCUGGGGUCUGGUGUUCAACAACUCCGUCCCCGUUCAGAACCCCAAGGGAACCACCAGCAAGAUCAUGGUGUCCGUCUGGGCCUUCUUCGCCGUCAUCUUCCUGGCCAGCUACACGGCCAACCUGGCUGCCUUCAUGAUCCAGGAAGAGUACGUGGACCAGGUGACUGGGCUCAGCGACAAAAAGUUCCAGAGGCCGAACGACUACGCACCGCCCUUCCGCUUCGGCACAGUCCCCAACGGCAGCACGGAGAGGAACAUCCGGAACAAUUACAAAGAGAUGCAUACCUACAUGGUCAAGUUCCACCAGAAGAACGUGGACGAGGCACUGUACAGCCUAAAGACCGGCAAGCUGGAUGCCUUCAUAUAUGACGCAGCCGUGCUGAACUACAUGGCUGGCAGGGAUGAAGGCUGUAAGCUGGUCACCAUCGGCAGCGGAUACAUCUUUGCCACCACAGGCUAUGGCAUCGCGAUUCAGAAGGACUCUGGUUGGAAGAGGUCGGUGGACCUGGCCAUCCUGCAGCUCUUCGGAGAUGGUGAAAUGGAGGAACUGGAGGCGCUUUGGCUGACUGGCAUCUGCCACCAUGAAAAGAACGAGGUGAUGAGCAGCCAGCUGGACAUCGACAACAUGGCGGGGGUUUUCUACAUGCUGGGGGCGGCCAUGGCGCUCUCGCUCAUCACCUUCAUCUGCGAGCACCUCUUCUAUUGGCAGCUGCGCUUCUGCUUCAUGGGUGUCUGCUCCGGCAAGCCCGGCAUCACAUACUCCAUUAGUAGGGAAAUCUACAGCUGCAUCCAUGGUGUCCAGAUCGAGGAGACCAAGUCACCCAUGAAUUCGCCCUCAGCCACCAUGAACAACACGCAUUCCAACAUCAUGAGGCUGCUGCGAACGGCCAAGAACAUGGCCUCGCUCUCGGGAGUCAAUGGCUCUCCGCACAGCGCUUUGGACUUCAUCCGGCGCGAAUCAUCUGUCUACGACAUCUCAGAGCACCGGCGCAGCCUGGCUGGCCACUCAGACUGCAAGCCGCCCUACCUGGCCGAGGACAACAUGUUUAGCGACUACAUCAGCGAGGUAGAGAGGACGUUUGGGAACCUGCAAUUGAAGGACAGCAACCUGUACCAAGACCACUAUCUGCACCACUACCCGGGUUCGGGGUCCGGGCUAGCCUUGGGCAUGUCCGGGCCCCCACCCAAUAGACCACAUAGUCUUGGGAGUGCAAGCUCAUUAGAGGGUGGCAUGUUUGACUGUGAUAGUCUUGGGGGUGGGGUGGCCCCAAUUUUCACCACUCAACCUCGACCCUCUCUGACACACAGAAACAAUAAUAAGUUUGACCUGAUUGCUGGCCAGACCCCAUCCUCUGGUCAAGGGUUUAAGCAAGGAUUAGCGGACCUUUACGGGAAAUUCUCUUUCAAAGGUGCAGCCUCCAGCUCUGGGUUUAUUGCGGGACAGGACCGGUACUGUGGGGGAGGAUUUGGAGGGGGUGGAGACGACGGGAACAUUCGGUCAGAUGUGUCAGAUAUUUCCACUCACACGGUCACCUAUGGCAACCUGGAAGGGAACGCCAAGAAGCGCAAACAGUAUCGGGAUAGCCUGAAAAAGAGGCCUGCCUCGGCUAAGUCGAGACGGGAGCUGGAUGAGAUCGAGCUCGGGUACAGGAGGCGGCCCCACCACUCUGCACACCACCACUACCAUGGGUCCCAAGCCCACCGCUCGGCCUCCCCACCCCUGUUUCCAUUGGACCGGAAGUCCCAAAGAGGGACAGGAGGUGCUGGUGGUAACUGCUCUUCAUAUAUGUUCCGUGACAAAGAGGGCUUAAGGGACUUCUACUUGGACCAGUUUCGGCCAAAGGAAGGGGUGCCUCAAUGGGAGCAUGUGGAUUUGACUGAUGGUCCUGGAGGUGGUGGGGGAGGCCUGGUGAGUGGAGCAGGUGGAUGUGGUGCUGGUGGUGUGGCCGGAGCGGGGGGUAACUGUACCAGUCUGGUGCCGGUGGAUGACUUCAUGAAAGGCAAAGGCAAGAAGCCAGAUUGUAAGAGCGGCGUGGUGGGCGGAGUGAAUACAGGUGCCUCUGGUCCACAGACUGUCCCAGGGGUCACCAGCGGAGGACUGGCUGGGGGGGAUUGGGAGUGCCGAAACUGCCGUGCAGGUGCAGGCGUCAAGCAGAUGUCCCUGCAUGGGAGUGGGGUAAGUGGGGGUGGAGUGUAUUCAGGAGGACCUGGAGUAGGCAGCUGUGGGACCUCAGUGGGCGGAGUAGUGGGUGGUAACAGUCGUCCCAGUUCAGCCACCUGCAUGCGGUGUGAAGCCUGCAAGAAGACAAGCAACUUGUAUGACAUCAGUGAGGACAACAACCACCUUUUGGAACAACUCAGUGGAGGAAUGGGAGGCACGGGAGCUGGAGGGGUACAGUCCCAGACCCAGGCCCAGCGGAGAAAAUCUGGGCUGGGUGGCAAGGCCUUGCGACGGCAACACUCAUAUGACACCUUUGUAGACCUGCAGAAAGAGGAGGCUGGCGGGGUUGGGGUCAUGGGGGGAGUGGGCAUGGGGGGUAUGGGAGCUGGAGGUGCAGGGGGGAUGUUGCCCCCACCCAGGAGUGUGAGCCUGAAAGACAAAGAUCGCUUUGCGGAGGGCGGGAGUCCAUAUGCCCACAUGUUUGAACGACAUGGAGGAUCGGAAAGAGACCGAGACAGAGAUCCACUCUUCUUUGGUGGAGAGAGGGCAAAGGGGGCCUCCCCCUUUGGGCUGUUCCGAGGGGGUGAGGGAGGCCUGCAUCGUCGAUCAUUUGGGGAGAGAGACAGCAGGGAUAGGGAGAGCGAGAUGAUGGGAGGUGGAGGAGGUGGUGGAGGGGCGUAUUCCUUGUCUCAAUCCCUCUACCCUGACAAGGUGAACCAAAAUCCCUUUAUCCCUACCUUCGGGGAUGACCAGUGCCUCCUUCAUGGAGCCAAAUCAUACUACAUAAAGAAGCAGCAGCAGCAGCAGCAACAGCUCAUGAAGGGUAGCCGGAGUGACUUCAGGGGCUCUAUGGGCGUGACUUCCUUCCUGCCCGCGUCUGCCACAGCCGGGGUGAUGGCCAACGUGGCCCCAAGGUUUCCCAAGGAGCUGUGCCUUGGUGGGGUAGGUGGCGGCCUGGGGAACCACCUCGGGGGCCCCAGCAACAACAAGCUCCUGCCCUCCCGGGACGGGCUGGGCUUGGGCCAGGUACAGAGGUCCUUCAACACCUCCAGCAAUGGGCACGUGUAUGAGAAGCUGUCCAGCAUAGAGUCUGAUGUGUGA